AUGUAUUCAUAUGAUUUAGAUUAGGAUAACAUUAGCUAAGAAAGUAAAUGUAAAAUUGUAGAGAUAUUCUACGAUUUAGAGGAAGGUAUAUAAGAUGAAAAUAUUUUAAGAUGGAAUUUUAAAGUUUGACGAUUUGAAACAAAGGAGAAGUGCAAGUUUAGAAAACUAUUUAGAUUUGAUAAUAAAAACAAGAAAUGAAAGGCUUUAUUAGCUUAGAGAAUUUCUUAAAAUUUAGAAUUAGUGA